AUGAAUUUGGCACAAGGAGUAGAUUCUACGGACGCUGUUUUUCAACGCGCUAUAGAGCUUCUUCAGCAUCAACCACGAGUCUUGAUCGGGUUGGCUGGCGGACCAGGAUCUGGAAAAACAACUCUGACUUCGAAAUUAAUAAACGAAUGGAACAAGCGACUCGGAAGCGAAAUGGUGAAAAUGAUUCCCAUGGACGGAUUUCAUUACACAUUGGAAGAACUCGAAAAAAUGGAUAACCCAGUAGAAGCGAAAGCGCGACGCGGUGCUGAAUGGACCUUUGAUGCGCGACUCUACGCGUCUCUCGUCGCGUUGGUAAAGAAAGUGACGGACUGCGAAUUGUUUGCCCCUUCCUUUGACCAUUCCGUUGGUGCUCCUAUUCCAAACGAUAUCCACAUUCUUCCAAAACACCGGAUUAUCGUCUUUGAAGGAAACUACCUGCUUCUCAACAAGCACCCAUGGUCCCUAGCCGCCAACCUAUACGACAUCAAGGCUUUUCUAGCCAUUGAUUUUCCUACUGCGCGAAACCGUGUGAUCCAACGACAUUUGCAAGCUGGCAUUUGUCAAACAGACGCAGAUUCCGCUGCACGUACUGAUGCCAAUGACAUGGUGAAUUUGGACUUUAUUCAACAUAAUCUUUUGGUGCCUGAUUUUAUUCUCCAUCAAGUAGAUUUAUAG